AUGCCUCCAAAGAAAGGGUUAAAGAGGAAGAGAGUAGCAAAGGCAACGACGGUGGAGCCAACUUCGGAGCAGGAGCCAUCCUCGACGGAGCAGACAUCUUCGACGGAGCAGCCAACUUCGGAGCAGCCAUCCUCGACGGCGCAACCAUCCCCGACGGAGCAAAAUAAGGCAAUUGAGGGAGAAGGAGCUGAAGAACAACAAGUCCUGGGGACCUUAAGUCCGGUUUUAGAAGAGUCAGACAAGAAUGAAGAAGAAAAUUCUGAGAAGAAUGAGGAAGAAGAGAGUGGCGAAGAAGAGAGCGAAGAAGAAGACAAAGAAGAAGAGAAAGAAGAAGGGAAUGAGGAAGGAGAGGAGUCCUCCGAUGAUGAUGGUAGUAGAUCUUUGGGCGGAGAGUCCUCCUCUGAUGAGAGUAAGGAGGAUGAGAUUGCGCCAGAAAAUCAGCCGGAAAAUGCUAUGGGUAAAACUAUUAUUUAUUGGUAUAACUGGUAG